UAGGGGCGGCCCAGUGGUAGCGUCGCCUGGGCAACUCCAAUUCGGUGACAGAAUACACUUCCGCUUCCGCCUCUGAGCCCUGGGACCGGGAGUCUGCACGAUUUCGUAGAUGUGACGCCAUCCGUCUGCGACCGCGCGGCUCUGGAGGUUACGCCGGGUGGCCCCUCUCCGGUUUGAAGCCCCAGAGCAGUUCCUUGUCGUCUGCGGCCUCUGACCUGGGAGCAAAGGGAAAAGCGGCGAGAUGACGGACCGCUACACCAUCCACAGCCAGCUAGAGCAUCUGCAGUCCAAGUACAUCGGCACCGGCCACGCCGACACCACCAAGUGGGAGUGGCUGGUGAACCAGCACCGCGACUCCUACUGCUCCUACAUGGGCCACUUCGAUCUUCUCAACUACUUCGCCAUUGCCGAGAAUGAGAGCAAAGCGCGAGUCCGCUUCAAUUUGAUGGAGAAGAUGCUGCAGCCUUGCGGCCCGCCAGCCGACAAGCCAGAGGAGAACUGAGUCCCCGCCGUGUCACCGCUAGGUGCUUACUGGGGGCGUCCCGCCUGACCUGCCUUCCUGUGGACCCUGUUUUCUUGUGGAACACAGCGUUGGGAGACCGUCAGGACCCCUGAGAACUGUUACCGGACCGUGAAGAGAGCCUAAAGCCAGCAAACGUUAGAGAAGACGGCACUGGAGUGAGACGGGAUUUAGAGGCUCGUUUUCGGCUAGUUGAUUGUCGUUGUUGUUUUUUCCAUAAAGUUUGGAAAUGUUUCA